CUGAUGGUGGGUCCGACAAUGACGUUCAACCAUGCAAUGGCGCUUGCGCUGUUAUGGGUAAAUCGUACUUCGUUUUGGAUUGCCCCUAUCUCGACGCAGAAAACGCUGUGCGUGCUAGAUGCUUUUGCACCGAUGUCGAACCUCAAGCCCAACUUGACACGUGCCCUGGUGCAAACACGGAAAAUGAAGAAGAUUGUUCUAAAACGCUCGUCGAAAACAGUUUGUAUGACUUUUCUUUCGGAGAUUUUGAGGUGAUGGUCACGGCCUACAGGGUGACCAUUCCCGAAGAACGCCGAUUGACCGCCAGCUUCUCGACCAACAGCGGCGAUCUCUUGCAGCGCCACCUCCAAAAAAGCGGCAACAGCGCCUCCUUUGGCACCGAGGUUCUUCUCUCGCGAGAGGACAACGCGGAUGCCGCCUUUGGCAAUCUYGUGGCUCCGGCAGCAGAUACCGGCGCGGUGCCAAGCACCGUGAUGGCAACCGCYGCGGGUGCCGUUGUUGUUGCCGCUGCUUCCCUGGUCUGAGCAGACACCGAUAUUACACGACAAGAGAAAAAAAAACUGCAUAUUCCAAUUACCAACCAAAACAUGUCCAGGAGCCAAAAGAUACACGGCUGUGCUGCCAAAGUAAAAGCAAAGAAAAAAACAAAAAAUSCUAUCCAGUUUGAAACAGUACGUACUCGUACCGUAAUUAUUAAGUUCUUAGUAGAAGUUUGUUAUGAAGUGAAAAUACAAGCAUACCGUACGGUACAUACCUGUGAUGGAACAACAAUAAUACAGUACGAACUUCGAACAUACUCGUGGUACGGUACCGUACGGUACCGUAGUCCUGUCAUCCUAUUUUUUGGUCACUCGCCCGAAGACUGAAAUGUGAUCGUACGGUACCAUACGUACGGUAGAGUAAUGGUACCCGGUAGGUGUAUGUGUACCGUACGUGUACUCGUAAUCGUAAUAGUUCUCGUACGGCGUGACCACACGCGACCACAGAUCCCGCGAGGGACAAAAGUGAAGGAAAUUCAGGACGAUGAUGAUGGAUUUCGGAAAUCCAUCAUCAUCAACCCAGUGCGGCGGAUCUUUUUCACCAUCCUUCGAUCGAAUGAUUACCGAUUACUGGUCAUACGUAGUACUCGUACCUGCCGUACGGUACGGUACCGUAGCGAAGAACGAACACCAACCAUCGCCUACAAGCAAAUCUCUCUACCGUUGCAUCAACCAAGACAGGAGCCAAGACAGAAAACCAAACAGGCAAGCAGACAGGCAAACAGACAGGCAAACAGACAAACAAGCAGACAAACAAGCAGACAGACAAAAAAACAAACAGACAAAGGGUUGCCGCCAUGGCGAACACGGAGGGGAUGCCCGACUCCUUUGUCGGAGAGCUCGCGUUGGCCGGGGCCGAUGGGACCCCUUGCCGGCGGGAGGAGGAGCGGACCCAGCGGGACCGGUACCGCAGGCAGCAGAGGCAGAAGAAGCUGGCGCGGACGAGAAUGCGGAUGGAAACCCCGGUCGGCGAGCGGCCGGCGGCGACCGUCGUCCGGGCCAGCCGGGGGAACCACCGCGGCGAGGCGGACGCCGGUGCGAAACUCGGUGCGGACGCCGGGAGUGCCGCCGCCGACGCCGGUGCGGAACCCGGUGCGGAACCCGGUGCCAAGCCACCACCGCUGGUCGGAAGCAUCGUGGAGCACGAGUUGGUGAAGGGCAAGGGCCGCCGCCUCGGCCACAAAGCACCGGCAAGGGCCUCGCGGUUUGCCUCCCGCAACAGCAGCAACAACACCAACAGCAGCAACAACAACACCAACAACAACAAGAACAACAAAACCACCCGGCAGGCCCACGCCGGGGGAUUUCCCUCCGUCCGCGGGGUUCCCAUCGGAACCUUUGUCUCGCGCGCGCCCAAGGCYUCCGCUUCCGGUUCCCCUCGCCGCCGCCGGGCCGAGGGAAGGCCUCCGGAACCGCUGCCCGCCGGACCGGAAGGCCACCACCGCCGCCUGGAGGAAGCCAGCCGGAGGGAUGCCGACGCCUUGCUGGCGGGCAUGUCGCCGGGGGAGAUCKCGGACCGGCGGAAGGAGAUCGAGGAGGCCCUCUCCCCGGACCUGCUGGCCUUUCUCAAACACCGGAGGAACCCGAAACGGGAUCCGAAACGGGAUCCGAAACCGAAACCGGCAGAGGCCCCCGAACGAAGCAAGCCCGCCGCCCCGCCGGCAGCUUCCGAACGGGAGGCCCCGGGCGGUGGCCUCGAGUUCGAAUCCUUCGACGAGCCUUUUCCUUGGCGGAACGAGGAAGGGCAUCGCGGGGAGAAGGAACGGAUCGCGGGGCUGGUGGCGUCCAUCCGGACCUACGACGACCUGGAUUCUGCCUACCGGGCCGAGAUGGGGAGCGGGGAGCYGGUCUUUGGGGACARCARCAACAGCAACAGMARCRSMAGCRCAAGCACAAGCAGCGGCGAGCGGGGAACCCACGAGAGCCGACGCGAGCGAUUCCUGGUGGCCUGCGACCUGCUCCGGUCGUCCUCCCCGCGACAAACCCUGUGGGCCGCGAGGACCGUCGGCCUCGAGCUGCAGAAACUCGUGGCUUCCGGCUCCUCCGCCCGGCAGCAACAGCAGCAGCACCAGAUCCGAAACGGCAGGGCCCGAGACAAAGGCAAACCCACACAAGAACGGAAAGCAGAAUCGUCCGCUUGGACCCACGAGCGCGAUGAUUUGGGCAUUGCCCCCGGCGAUCUGCCGGUGGUGCUGCCGGUGUCGCUGCGGUGCCUGCUGGACAAGCCCCCGAACUCGUCCCGGAACCACCUGCUGCACACCUACGCGCUCCGGGCCCUGUGCUCGGCCACCCUCCUCUUUGCCCACCCGGGCCACGACGCCAYGGUCUCCCUCGGAAGCGCGUCGUGUUCUUUGGACCGGGAGGKGGCCUCCUCCGCCUUUCGGAAGGACUACAUGGACGACGCCUUUCCGUCGCCGCCUUCGGAUACGGCCUACCCCCCCAUGGUGGUCUUGCCGCUGGAGGCCGGAAGCGGGGGCGGGAGCCAGGGCGGGCAGGCCCCUUCCGCUGCCGCUGCCUACACGACCUCCUCCUCGGAGGUUUCCGCAACGGCCGACGGGGAGGCCUUCCGGAGGGACCCCCUGUGGACCCUCCUGUCGAGGAUGAAGAUCCUACCCCGGCUCGGGGUUCUGCUCGAGCACGCGGAAUGGGCCAUCCUCGAAGGGGCUCUGGGGGCGAUCUGCGGGAUCCUGGCCAUGGUCGGCCAGCGAUCCCCGGGGGCGGCCUCCGCCAUUGUGCAGCACGGAUCGCUGACCCCCCUGCUGUCGAAGCGGAUGCUCGAGAAGCUUCGAACAACGGGGGGGCGCUGGAACGACGACGAAAGGGGAGACGCCAGCGAAUCCGAAAAGCAACCCACGUCUUGCACCGGGACGUGCAGCGAACGCGAAMRCGAAAMCGAAAACGACUCCGUGCUGGCAACGGUGCGCCUCUUUGCCAUCCUGUCGCGGCAGUCGAGGGUGGCCGCCGGGGGAAUCCCCCUGGAAGACGUCCUGCCCCCCCUCCUGGCGGGUGGGAUCGCUUCCUCUYUUUCCCGGUUSKUUGUCCAGCGRGAGGCCCUCUUUUUGUGGAGAACGAUGCUCCGGUACGGCCUCGGCCUCGAGGCGCUGGCCUCCGCCCUGACCGAAGCGGCCCGGCACCUUGCCCUUCCCUGYUCCCACGARUUCUCCCUCUCGUCCGAUUUUYUGUCCUGUUUCACGCUGGUGAUCGAGUGCGCCUGGGCAGCGAGGAGMAAAACCGAAGCCAAGGCCCCAAGGGCGACCACCGGUGGGUCCGAUCCGUCCGAGCAGGGGGSCCCUGUCCUCGGUCGGGCCGCGAUCGAGAUUGCCGAGACCGCGACCACGAUGAUGGCAUCGACCCUUCCGAUGGUGCUGCCGAACGACCCCCCGGCACCACCGGAAGGCGACGGCCCGAAAAACACCGAGGACUGGAUCGUGGCCUGCCGCUGGAACGCAUCGAGGCUGCUCUACGYUGCGGCGUGGUUCCGGCUCUUCGAUCCUCCCCCCGACCGUCCCCCGGCGRCCGGGGAGCCCUCCAUCGGGGACUUUGUGUCCCCCYGCCAGCAGGAAUCGCUCCUGCUGGCGCUCUCGGCGUGGGCCGAGCCGGGCGGAAUGGCCCGGCGUGCCUGGGACUCGGUGGCAAAGUGGUGCGAUCCCGAUCCGGGCUUCGAACGAGCACCCCUCGGGGAAGGGGCUGCCCUCCGGGCGGAGGCCGCAUCGAGCCGGUUCCUCGAUGCCUACUUUUCCRUCGCUCUGGUGCUCCUGCGAUCUUCCUCGCGGAUCCCGAACCACCGCUCGAACGACGACGCCAAGAGAUCCCUCCACGRGAGACUGAUCCGCAUGGUCCUCGAUGGCCUGGCGAAGGCGAACGAUGGCCUUUCGGAGGCAAGGCCAAGCCGCACGAGUUGYGCCGCAUCGCCGGCGUCCGAGAGUSCCGUGCGAGAGGCGUGGACCAGCCAGUGCCACUUUUCCRUCGCCAAAUUCUGCCUGCACUCUCUGUCCGAGGGCCUUUUCGGGUCCUCUUCCGAUCUCGCUCUGCUCCGAAGCCUGGUGUUUUCGCUCCUCGGAAGACUCCAGAGGGGGAACGAGUCGGUGGCCGCGGUCCUCUUSAGCAGYGACGUUUUGUUCCAGACCUGCGGCGAUCCCUCCCGGGACGAGGACGCRUCGUCGGCGAAAUCGUCCCUGUCGUCGCCGAUAUCGUCGAUGUUUCUGGGUGAGAUUUGCGGUUCCGAGGCCUCRAGGAAGCAGCUGGACCACAGCUUCAAGCUCCAGCACGGCUUUGGAAUCACCUCGGAUGGAUUCGGCCCCUUUGCGCUGGACUCMUUGCKGAGCUGUGCGGACGGGCYCACCACCGCUCCUUCUGYACGCAAGGACGGAUCCGAUGUCCCGGCUCUUCCUCUCGGGAAGAUGUGGCUCUGGCAGUCUCUCUCUGGUUCCAUCCGAAUGAGAGAAGACGUCCUUGUCGCUGGUACGAAGGAAGCSUCGGACGUGAUUGCUUCCGUGCUGGAACUCAUCCUAGAGCUGGACGAAACCGAAGAUGUCACGGGCAUUGCCGGGUACGCGGGGCGGCUGCCGAUGGGUUCGAAGCUGUAUUAUCUCAUGAAUGUUUGCUUGCAACACGAGCACGUGUUGCGGGACGAGCGGAUCUUGAACACCGGCGAAGCUCUGUUGGAUAGAUACCUGAUGGACUUUGGGCGCAACGACAACGACGUAUUGGACUUUUGUCGGGAAUGUCUCGAGCACUCGGGCCAUACCGAAAAGGCAGAACGGAGCAACGAAGACGACGAAACAGAGARUGCACUGGAGGAAAAGGACAAGAAAGUAUUGGACGAUUUUGCGAACGCGAUAACGAACAUCCAAGUGGAGGAUGCAGACAUUUCUUCGGAACAGAUUCGUGCAUUGGUGGCACUUUUGGAAGAUCUGACAACCGCCUAUCGGGACUACGGUGCCCAGUAUGAUUUUUUCACAAAAUGCAUCCGAGUGUUUCUUCUCCCAAUGUUCCCGUCGUUGAUUCGUUGUCGUGCGCUGAAAGAACUGCAUAACAUGCUACACAUACUGACGCUUCCGAAAGAAGCCGAGGACGAAAUCGAAAUGAUGGAACUGCUAUCGAGGAGUCUCACGGGGGGAUUGCCAGCUGCGGACGAUUCCCUCAAGGACGGCACAGAUAUUUUGAAUGCGUUCGCGAAAGCGGUUGCUUCGGCCUCUACCCGUCCCCUGAACGGAUACAUGCGGCAUUUCUGCAUCGGAAUGCUUGUCCGCAACUUGGCGAUAUCUCUGUCGACCGGGCAGGGCAUCGAAAUCUCCCAAAAGAGGCUCGAGCGACUCGGCACAAAAACCGUGGUGGAGGUUUGCAGAGCUACCGAAGUGUUCWUGGAAACUGGUUCCGGCACAAAACGAAGUCUCGUGAAGGCCAUUCUAGAAACGUCGYCGUGCGAUUCCGGCUGCGGAGAGCAGCCGAUGGACAACAAAAACCAAUCUGCGACUGGAURCCUCGACUSCUUUAUCGCGAAACAUUCAUAAUUCAAUAGUGAGCCGUGAGAGCGAAAU